UCCUAGCAGAUCGAGAUGGCGACAAGUGCUGAUCAUAGACGUCCUUCCAAGGCUCUCUUUGCUGAGCUGGGUUAUAAAUAUGAUGUGUUUUUGCUACAUUCUGGAAAAAAUAAAGACUUUGUGAGGAACCUCUUUUGGGGGUUUUGCGCCAAGAAUGUGUUGCCGUUCUUCGAUCAAGAUAAAAAAUCAUUAAGGCUAGGCGAUGUCGACGCAGACAAGGUAAUAAUGGAUGCCCUGACACGGUCAUCGCGCUUCAUCAUGCCAAUUAUGUCACAUGAGAUGACCUGCAAGGGUUGGCCAGAGGAGGAACUCAAGAGUGCAUUAAAGAUUAAUAGCCAGGGAGGAAAACGAAUAAUUAUACCAGUCUUUUAUAAUAUUAUGGCUGAUGAGUGCGGUCGUACAACCAACGAGUACUAUAAACGAAUUUCUAGAAUUCCUGGCAUCGAGAGAACGUCUGAGGAUAGUGAUGAGGACAAAUUUAUUAGGAGAGUUGCAUCAGAAGUGGAAGAAGAGCUGCAGGAAACGUUGAAAGAAGAGUUGAUGGCAACAACAAAUAGACCUGAUGGUUUAGAUCAAAAUGUGACUCGUGAUGCUCAGGCAGCUGAACCUGUUCGAUCAUUUACUGGUGGUUCCAGUCAGGCUCGUUCUCAAUGUCGUGGAAAUGCAUAUGGUGGAGAUGAUCAAGAAGAACUUGAACAAGAUGCCUUUUAUCCUCUGAUUGAAGCUGAAAAGCAGCAUAUGAUGGAAGGCCAGAGAGAGCAUGUGGACGAAGUUGCACGACAUUUUACACAAAAAGCUGUGAAUGAACACUUGAGUGCUAACAGAAAGCGAAUUGAGGCUCUACGACAGAAAACAGAGGAGAUGAGACAACAGAAAACAGCAGAAAUGAGACAAGGGAAAGCAGAGGAGAUGAGACAACAGAACACAGGUGAAAUGAGACAAGAGAAAAUGGAGGAGACGAGACAAACAAGAACAGAUGAGACUAGUUGGAAUACAAGUCGCUCUAGGUCUUCAGAACACUCAUCUGACACGUUUGCAAACAAUGGCAGUUGUGACCGACAAACACAGCAAUCUUUUAGUGUUCAAGGUGCUACCUAUGCUGUAUCGGGACAUAGAAAUGUUGUGAAUGUGCACCAUCACUAUCAUGGUAGUCAAUCAACUGAUGAAAGCUAGCAUGGAUGGCUCUCUGACAGUGAAUUAUUUUAGAACUUUUGUAAUCCGUUGUUGUGAUGGCUUUGUAGUUUUUAGCAUUCCAAUAAUUGAAUGGAUUUCUACUCGUUUGUGGUCUUAUAGAUUACGUUUUAUUGUCCAAGGUAAUACAAAUGUGCAAGGCA